AUGGUAUUCGAUGAGGAGAUCAUACAACGAUAUCGAGAACUACGACACAUUCUGUCACCGUUAUUGUGGUUUUCAAUGGGCUACUGUCUUGUCCUAUUGUUCAGAUCCAAGCAUUUUCCAUGGCUAAAGGGGCUAUGGACGAUUGAAACGCCUGUAUAUUCACAACGUACAAGACGACGCUAUCGACGUCCUGCACUAGUCAAGUCAGAACGUGACACUUUUUUGCAAAACCACAGGAUCAAAGUGAUCAAUUCAACGGAAUUACUCAAUGGAGAGACAAUUGUCACUCCUUGUUUAGAGCUAACACUGCCCGAAGAUUACAAAGCAUAUCAGUUUGGAGAUUCUAAGACUAUGAUUCCAUAUGCUGUCGAGCAGACUGCUGAUGUAUAUUACCGCAAAUUUAAAGAGCCUCUACCAGACCCUGCAUGUCGAUUGCUGGAUUCGAUUCAGGUGCUGGAAGAACGACAUUUGGAUGAGUUUGGUGCUGUCUUUAAACGUCGACUCUUGAAAUUCCGGAAUGAGGCUCCAUCUAUGAUAAAGCGGUUUGCAAGCUCUGACUACAUUGAGUAUAUUGAAGACUCACUGCUGGACAAGCAAAAUCGCCGAUUCUACGUUUAUGUCAAGAACAAGUCUUACCAGUCGCUGGGUAUUUUAGAAGACUUCGCCGUGUUCGUCGCUCACACCGGCAAACCUCAGUGGACGGAUCUCCACCAAUUUUGCCGCGUGCACAUUACAAGCUCCUCUCUGCUCUUUUUCCGAUCGAAGAUCGAGUCAUUCAUUUCGAGCUACUAUUGCAAGAAUGCUCCCGACGCCAGAAGUUACCACCUCCGACGUAUUGAAGAGGAGUUUGGCGACCCUACCGAGCAGUAG